UGUACAGAGAGAGCGAGAGAGAGAGGCGGUGUCUUUAAACCGUGUCAAAGCGGAUUAUUGCUGAUCUCGGCUGUGAUUCGACCACACCGUUUGUCCUCUCAAAGGCUUUUCCCCUGUCUGCUUUGCGAACAAUAACCUUUCCCUUUUUCUGCAUCUCAUAGCCUACUCUUUCCUCCAUCUGGGAUUUUGUCUACCUUCCUUUUCAAAGUUUGGCAGAGGUGGACAUGGAUCGUACGUGGGUUUAAGAAGUCGAAUAUGAGUUUCCCCGCAAUAGCUCUCACUUUGGCGGGGCAACUUCCCCGUGCACCUCGACGCUCAGCUUGAUGAUAACCACUUUCCCUCUUCGUGCACUGAAAGGGAAAGUUUACACACACCGGCGGAUUUGGUCUCGCGUUCAAUAACCUACACACGGUUUUAUAAAAACCAAAAAGGAAGAAAUUAAAAUGCAAAAGAGUGUCAGGUAUAAUGAGGGACACGCUCUGUUCCUCUCAGUGGUUGCGCGUAAGGAGGGUACCAAGCGCGGUUAUUUGAGCAAGAAGACCACGGAGAACAGCAGGUGGCACGAGAAGUUCUUUGCGCUGUACCAAAACGUGCUUUUUUACUUCGAAAACGAGCAGAGCGUGCGGCCCGCGGGGAUUUACCUCUUGGAGGGCUGCACCUGCGAGAGCGUGCCUGCUCCCAAGGUCUCCACUGCGGGAAAAGAGACCCUCGACAAACAGCACUACUUCCUGAUCGUGUUUGGCCAUGAUGGACAGAAGCCUCUGGAGCUACGGACGGAGGAGGAGAAUGAAUGUGAUGAAUGGGUGGAGGCCAUCCAACAGGCCAGCUACUCUGACAUUAUCAUUGAGCGCGAGGUCUUGAUGCAAAAGUACAUCCACCUGGUCCAGAUUGUGGAGACAGAGAAGGUGGCAGCCAACCAACUACGCACUCAAUUGGAGGAUCAGGAUACAGAGAUAGAGAGGCUCAAAGGAGAGAUCAUUGCUCUGAACAAAACCAAGGAGAGAAUGUGGCCUUACCAUGUAAACCAAGAGGAUGAAGACCCAGACAUAAAAAAGAUUAAGAAGGUGCAAAGCUUUAUGCGUGGUUGGCUGUGCCGUAGGAAGUGGAAGCUGAUAGUUCAGGACUACAUCUGUUCUCCCCAUGCUGAGAGCAUGAGGAAGAGGAACCAGAUCGUCUUUAACAUGGUGGAGGCUGAGACAGAGUAUGUCCACCAGCUGUCUAUCCUGGUUAACUGUUUCCUGAGACCUCUCCGUAUGGCUGCCAGCUCCAAGAAACCUCCCAUCAGUCACGAUGAUGUCAGCAGUGUGUUCCUCAACAGUGAGACCAUCAUGUUUCUACAUGAGAUUUUCCACCAAGGACUCAAAGCCCGGAUAGCGAACUGGCCUACACUGGUGUUGGCGGACCUGUUUGACAUCCUGCUGCCCAUGCUGAACAUCUACCAGGAGUUUGUGAGGAACCACCAGUACAGCCUGCAGGUGCUGACCAACUGUAAACAGAACCGAGACUUUGAUAAACUGCUGAAGCAGUAUGAGGCUAAUGCUGCCUGUGAGGGCAGGAUGCUGGAGACCUUCCUCACAUACCCCAUGUUCCAGAUUCCUCGUUACAUCAUCACCCUGCAUGAGUUGCUGGCGCACACUCCGCACGAACAUGUGGAGCGCAAGAGUUUGGAGUUCGCCAAGUCCAAACUAGAGGAGCUAUCACGGGUGAUGCAUGAUGAGGUGAGUGAUACAGAGAACAUCCGUAAGAACCUGGCCAUCGAGAGGAUGAUUGUAGAGGGCUGUGAUAUACUACUGGACACCAGUCAGACCUUCGUCAGACAGGGUUCUCUGAUUCAGCUGCCGUCGGUGGAGAGGGGGAAGCUCAGUAAGGUGCGUCUGGGCUCUCUGUCUCUGAAGAAGGAAGGAGAGAGACAGUGCUUCCUGUUUACAAAACACUUUCUUAUCUGCACACGCAGCUCAGGAGGCAAGCUGCACCUGCUCAAGCAAGGUGGAGUCCUGUCUCUGAUAGAAUGUACCCUCAUAGAAGAAACAGAGACCAGCGACGACGACUCGAAGUCCAGUGGUGGUCAGGUAUUCGGUCAGUUGGACUUUAAGCUGAUCAUCGAGCCAUCUGACUCUCCCUCCUUCACUGUAGUCUUGUUGGCUCCCUCACGACAGGAGAAAGCUGCCUGGACCAGCGACAUCAGCCAGUGUAUCGAUAAUAUCCGCUGUAAUGGUUUGAUGACUAGCGUAUUCGAGGAGAACUCCAAAGUCACCGUGCCUCACAUGAUCAAAUCUGAUAUGCGCCUCCAUAAAGAUGAUGUUGACAUUUGCUUCAGCAAGACGCUCAACUCCUGCAAGGUCCCCCAGAUUCGCUACGCCAGCGUGGAGCGGCUGCUGGAAAGGCUGACGGACUUGCGCUUCCUCUCCAUCGACUUCCUCAACACCUUCCUCCACACCUACCGCAUCUUCACUACCGCUGCCGUGGUCAUGGAUAAACUGGCUGACAUCUACAAGAAACCUUUCACCUCUAUACCUGUCAGGUCUUUGGAAUUGUUCUUUGCCACCAAUCAGAACAACCGAAGUGGUGAUCACACCAAUGACAAGUCCCCCCGUCUCUGCCGCAAGUUCUCCGGUCCUCCUCCUCUCUCCAUCUCCUCCCGCACCUCCUCUCCUGUCCGCACACGCAAACUCUCUCUGCAUUCCCCCAUCAGUGCUAGGGUGGGGGGGCUGGACCUUACUAACAUCAACUCUAUCCCCUCCUCCUUCUCUCAGUCCGCUACCCCCACUACCACUUCUCCCCCUCCCACCUCCUCCUCGCCCCCUCCAGGUGGCAACAAGACCCCCCAAGAUCAGGCCCCCCUUCCCCCCUUUCUCCCCCUGUCCUACCCCGAACAGAGUCCCUCCCCCACUACAGAAGGGCAGGAGCUGCCUCGUGUUGACGCCUUCUGUGGAAAACUGAGACGCAGCAUCCGCAGAGCUGUCUUGGAGUCUGUCUCAAUGGACAAGUUCAGCCCAGAGUCACCUCAGAACAGUGAAUCAGGAGAAGUCUCUCCCUGCCGCUCCCCCUCCACCCCAAGACACUUCCGCUACAGACAGCCUGGAGUCCAGUCAGGGGAGAACUCUCGUUGUUCUGUUUCUCCUGCCUCAGCCUUCGCUAUUGCUACAGCUGCAGCAGGACAUGGCUCUCCCCCAGUGUUUAAUAACUCAGAGAGGACAUGUGAUAAGGAGUUUAUCAUCAGAAGAGCUGCUACUAACAGAGUCCUCAACGUACUUCGACACUGGGUCUCAAAACACUCCCAGGACUUUGAGAUGAACAGUGAGUUGAAGAUGGGAGUGAUUUAUCUCUUAGAGGAGAUACUCAGAGAUCCAGACCUACUGCCACAGGAGAGAAAAGCUACUGCUAAUAUACUAAGUACCCUUUCUCUGGAUGAGCAGGAAGCAGACGCCCAGCUGAGGAUAGAAGACAUCCUUCAGAUGGUGGAGUGUCCUAGGUCAGAGUGUUUUGAGUCUCUGUCUGCCAUGGAGCUGGCUGAACAGAUCACACUACUGGACCACAUCGUCUUCAGGAGUAUCCCCUACGAAGAGUUCCUGGGGCAGGGCUGGAUGAAGGUGGAUAAGUCUGAGAGGACUCCCUACAUCAUGAAGACCAGCCAGCACUUCAAUGAUAUGAGUAACCUGGUGGCGUCUCAGAUCAUGACCCAUACAGACGUGGGCUCCAGGGCCAACUCCAUCGAGAAAUGGGUAGCUGUGGCAGACAUCUGCCGCUGCCUCAACAACUACAAUGGAGUCUUAGAGAUCACCUCAGCUCUGAACCGCAGCGCCAUCUACAGGUUGAAGAAGACAUGGGCCAAAGUCUGCAAACAGACUAAAGCUCUGAUGGACAAGCUGCAGAAGACUGUGUCGUCUGAAGGGAGAUUCAAAAACCUGAGGGAAACCCUGAAAAAUUGUAACCCUCCCAGUGUGCCCUACCUGGGUAUGUACCUGACUGACCUAGCCUUUAUCGAGGAAGGAACACCUAAUUUCACUGACGAGGGCUUGGUCAACUUCUCCAAGAUGAGGAUGAUCUCCCACAUCAUCCGAGAGAUCCGCCAGUUCCAGCAGACACCCUACAGGAUAGAACACCAGCCUAAGGUGACUCAGUACCUGUUGGACAAGACUCUGAUCAUGGAUGAAGACACUCUCUAUGACCUCUCUCUCAAGAUAGAGCCCCGCCUACCGGCCUGAGGGGCAGUCACCGCGAGCAACGGGAACCUGGCAACCCUGUCCCUCUAUAUGGGCAACACACCUACAUACCUUGGAUAAUGAACGACAGAUAGAGAGUGGAUUAUGGCAGAGAGAGAGAGAGAGAGAGAGAGAGAGAGAGAGAGAGAGAGAGAGAG